AUGGAAGCUUUAAUAGAAUUACAUGAUAACAUUAUGUAUUACUUAGUUGCUAUUUUAUUUAGUUACCCAGACUUCUUAAACAGUGAUGGAGAUUUUGUAGAAUUUGAUUCUUACCUAGUACCUGAAUCUGACUUAGAAGAAGGUGCUUUAAGAAUGUUAGAAGUAGAUAAUAGAGUUAUUCUUCCUGAAAUUACACACACUAGAUUUAUUCUUACUGCUGCGGAUGUUAUCCACUCAUUUGCUAUCCCAGCAUUAGGUGUUAAAUGUGACGCAUACCCUGGUAGAUUAAACCAAUUCUCUGUUUUAAUUAACAGAUUAGGUACAUUUUAUGGUCAAUGUUCAGAAAUAUGUGGUAUCUUACACAGUUCUAUGCCUAUUGUUGUAGAAUCUGUAUCUUUAGAAAAAUUCCUAUCAUGA